UGCCAACGGCCAUUUCAUUCUUGAGCCCCCAAAGCCGAAGCCAAAUCACCUUUUCCACUUCCCCCUCUCUCACACGGUCACACUCACUCACCUUUACUUUCCUCUCCCCUCCUUUCUCUGCAAUUUCCACACUCUUUCCAACUCGACCUCUGCCACAACGUGCACGCUGCAUUGACACAACACAAAGCAAAGACAAAGAAAGAGCACUUUCAAAGAAAAACAACAAACAAACAAAGUAUGUCAAACAAAUCCCCCAUCUUUCCCAUGCCAGAACCCCAACACUUCAGUGACUAUGGUUUUGAUCCUCAAAUUGACUACUUUCAGGUCUUAGAAGAAGCAAGGAAACACAAGCGUGAAACGACAAGAUCCAUAGACUCCAUCCACUUCAAGCUUCAAAAACCCAUUUCCAAAGACGACUUGAAGAAGACCCACAAGGUUAAGAAGAAGCGCUGGUGGAGAAGUGCCUUCCUUUUCUUCAAAUGGAAGUGGACCCACAUUAACCACCACCACCACCAUAGCCAUCAUGGUCAUGGUCAUGUUCAUGAUCAUGAUCGUGAAGAUGUUCAUCAAGCCAGGGCUCGAGCUUUUAGAGCCUCUAUUUCAGGGCCUGUGUACAUCACCGAGAGCACAAGUGGGUCCUCCACGCCGUACCGCACAAGUAGUCGGAGCCGUCCCUCCUCUGGUCCUCUUGCCGGAACUUUGACUCCGGCAACGAAAGGUGAGAUGGACAUACCGUAUUUGAGUCUCAGAGAGCUGAACAUGGAGCAACAACAAGUACAGCAGCAAAGGUUCUCUGCCUCGGCCAUGCCUAUAUAUUUGGUCACUUGAAAAAUCAGCCCUUCAAAGGCUACUAAUUAAUGUGAAUGUCUUUUCAUUUUUAGCCUUUUGAUCCUAUCAAAAAUGGGUGCUUUUUGGUUUUCUCAACUUUGGUUUGGUGUAUCAUGUGGGGUGUUCCUUUUUAUCUUUUUGGGUUUGCCCCAUUUUUGUUUUUGCAAACUGCAAAGCUGUUUGAUCCAUUGGAGGAAGGGUGUAUCCUCCUCAUUUGUGUUUGUUGCUCACUUUUGUUAAUUUCUAAAGCUAAUCAACUCGUGGGUUUGACUA